AUGACUUUUACUUUAGAACCUAUCAAACUGUCGCCUAAGCAAUCUGGGGUAGAUUUCGGUAUUAUUGUCAAUGAUCUUGACCUUGAGAAGAUUAGCUCGGAAGAUUUUGAUAAACUAUUUAAUGCAGUUUACACUUAUCAGGUAGUUGUUGUUCGAAAUCAAGGCCAUGUCAGUCCACAAACACAAUAUGAGCUUACAAAGCGGUUUGAUCCACAAAAUAUUGAUAUUUAUGGUCAUGGCUCUAUGCAUCGUGCAAAUGAAUCUGUUAUCUCUCGAGAUAUCUCUCCUUUACCUAAAGUUCCUCAAGUUCAAUUAUUGGGUCAUGGUCUAGUUAGAAAUCAUUAUGGCUUUGAGGAAAAAAGAUUAAUUCAUCCUAGUCAUACCGUCUUCCAUAAAGAUUGUUUAACAAAGGAAGAAAUGGAAGCUGGCCAAACAAGAUUUUAUCGUUGGCAUAUGGAUGCUGCCCUUUAUAAAUUAAACCCUCCUAAAGUGACGACCUUAUUUAGUCUUAAGAAUCCUGAAGCCAGACGUGAACUAGUUCGUUAUGAUGAUGGUACGGGUGACCAACUUGAUGUUCAAUUAGGAACGACUGCUUUUAUCUCUGGCCAAAAGGCGUUUGAGAUUUUACCACAAGAACUUAAGGAACUUGCUUUUAAAACCAAAGUUAAAUAUGCUGCUCAUCCUUAUUUAUGGAUCUCUAAAGCUAAAGCUCAUUCCACAGGUUUAGGCAUGGUAUCUGAAGGUAAAGAACUUGGAAAAGAUGAAUUACCUGAGAUUGUAGAAGAAGAUAUCAAGAUAUAUCCCAUGCUGUGGAAGAAUCCUGUGACGGAUAAAAUUCAUCUUCAAGUCCACCCAGCUGCAGUUGAAGAUCUCAUCAUUGAUGGUAAACCUGUGGGUGACUUGAAAAAAGUAAGAGAAUUACUUUACCGCAUACAGCGUCCCUCUAUUAGUCCUCAGAAUGUAUAUGCUCAUGAAUGGAAGGAUGGUGAUUUUGUUAUUUUCCAUAAUCGCGGUUUACUUCAUUCUGUAGUUGGCUCUUUAAGAGAUACGGAUGAAAGACUAUUUCAUCAAUGUAAUAUCGCAAGUGCUGAAGAACCUAUUCCAGUUACUGAGGCUGAUUUUGCCCCUUACAUCAUUCAAACUUCGGUCUAA